AUAACAUUUUUCUCUUUCAGGGUGAUCUUGGAAAAAGAGGGGCCUCGUUCCUUGUUCAGAGGAUUAGGCCCCAAUUUAGUGGGGGUGGCCCCUUCCAGAGCAAUAUACUUUGCUGCUUAUUCAAACUGCAAGGAAAAGUUGAAUGAUAUAUUUGAUCCGGAUUCUACCCAGGUACACAUGAUUUCUGCUGCAAUGGCAGGUUUUACUGCAAUCACAGCGACCAACCCCAUUUGGCUUGUAAAGACUCGGUUACAGCUCGAUGCAAGGAACCGUGGGGAAAAACGAAUGGGCGCUUUUGAAUGUAUUCGUAAAGUGUAUCAGACAGAUGGACUUAAAGGAUUUUAUAGGGGCAUGUCUGCUUCAUAUGCUGGCAUAUCAGAGACUGUUAUCCAUUUUGUUAUUUAUGAAAGUAUUAAGCAAAAACUACUGGAAUAUAAGAUUGCUUCUACAAUGGAAAAUGAUGAAGAGUCUGUAAAAGAAGCAUCAGAUUUUGUGGGAAUGAUGCUAGCUGCUGCCACCUCAAAAACUUGUGCCACAACUAUAGCAUAUCCACAUGAAGUCGUAAGAACAAGACUACGUGAAGAGGGAACAAAAUAUAGAUCUUUUUUUCAGACACUGUCUUUGGUUGUUCAAGAAGAAGGUUAUGGGUCUCUUUACCGUGGUCUAACAACUCAUCUGGUGAGACAGAUUCCAAACACAGCCAUUAUGAUGGCCACCUAUGAAUUAGUGGUCUACCUUCUCAAUGGAUAGCAACUUCAGGCUGCUGUAUACUAUGAAGAGGGAAGACCAAAAGAUGACAGUGGACCAUGCAGUAUCGAAGCCAGCAUGGUGGACAGAAGAAAUAGUUUGGGAACAUGUAACUAUGCCUAAAGGAAAGUUUGGUUGUAGGAAUUAAAGUAAUCAUAAUAACCGCAUUACUUGGUCUUUUCAGUAAUGUGAAAAAAACCUAGGCUGCCCAAGAAAAAGCCUUUAGAAGCACUACUUCCUCCAAAUUGCCAUUUUCUCUACCAUGUCCAUGGGACAUAGUUGCAUUUUGUUGAUUUAUGGCACAAUAUAGUGUUUAUUCCAUGAGCACUUUUUCAGUCUUCUAAUAAAGCCAUCCAUAAUUAUAUAAAUAUUGUAACUAUCCAAAGAUAGUAUUGACAGUCAUAAAUGUCUUACCUCUGGCUUCUGUGUAAUUUCUGUAAAAUUGUAAAAUAACAAUAAGUGAGAUCCUUAGUAUUGUUUUCACAUUUCCUUGAGAGGAUCUGGAAUAUUUUAAAGUUAAUUAUUUGGCAUUAUUCAUCACUAGUUUUGACAGCUAAUGAAAUAGUAUCUAAAUAUCUUGCGUACUUUUAGCUUUAAAAUGUUUUGGUUUCCACUGCUAACAGGAACAUGAUGUUUAGCAUAAUGUGGACACUUAAAUUGUUCGUUAACAUAUCAAACUCAGUGGUAAUAGUUUGGGACAGAAGAAACCAGUAAAAUGUUGAUUCUUGGCCAUUUCAAUAACUUGAGCAUGUCCUCCGAUCUUUUCUAUCUUUAUGAUACGUGAAUGACUUCAGUUGUCUUUUCAGUGGUUUAUUAGUUAUGGACUUAAGUUAUCAUCUAUCAUACUUAGGUAUUAUUUUCUUAAAGUGGAAAAAAUUUACCACUUCUGAAUCUUUCUCCAUUAGGAAUUUGAACCUUUGAAUUAUUUCCAGAUGAUCAAUAUAAAUUGCAUUUAUUUUGUAGAGAAAAUGGUAAUUUUCAGCUUUGCUGUAAUAGGUUUUUUUUUUUUAAGGUGGCAUUAUAAAUAUCUGGGGCAGUAUAAACAUCGAAGAGGGGCCCUUUGCCAUCUGAUCGAACAGGUGGUGAUCCUAAUUGACUUACAAUUUGUAAAUGAACAAACUGCUUUUGACAAGAAAUGUAUGCUAUCCUAAUUUCUUGAAUGGUAAAUCAUAGAAAGAUUCAAGUUAAUUCAGAUUCAGUGUGCUAACAGGAUAUAGCUUUUACAUUUUGCUGUUGAGUUCACCUGUACCUCUUAAUACUUAAAUGUAUUAUAUGUAUGGCCUUUAUGAAGAUGUUUGCUAUAAUUCUGUUAAGAGACUUUGCUAAUGGAUGUUGCUAUACUGGUGUAUAAAACAUCUACAAUUAAACUCCAGUGUGGUACUCAUUUCAGUAUAGAUGAACUGUACAUUUUGUGCAAUGGCUUUAUCUUAAGAAUGACUCUUUGUGAAUGCACUUUGUGGCCUUUUUUGGGGGGGUGGUGGUGGGGUGAGAGUAACAGAGAAUUCCACUUUAGGAUUAUUUUUUUUUAAACAUUGGUCAUGUAUUAGGCAGAAACAGUGUUCAACAAAACAUUUUUCUGGGUUUUAGAUACAGUGUUUUGGAGAUCUUUAAUAACAUGAAUGUUUUACAUAUUCUAUGUACGCUCUAGUGCCCCUAAUAUAGAAAAUUGUAGCACGUCAUUGCAAGCUUACUCUGUUGUCACCAAUGAAACACAGUGCCCUCUUAAAUUCCUCACCUUCUUAACUCAUUAUAAUCAACAGUAACUGGAUGUUUUUGAGGUGCUUUGAUUGGAAUUUAAAAAUAUUCCAAUCUCUUUGGAGACCAAAGGCAAUUUCAGUUUCAUUACCUUUGGGAUUAUUCAUACCUUUUAUGGUGACUUUUAGCUUUGACAUUUAUUGUGAGAAACAUGCCAAAAAAAAAAAAAAAAAAAGCAACCCAAUAAUGGGAGUUCUAACUUAAAUCUGUAGAGAAAGUCUCAAUCUAGAGUGUUUGCCUUUUCAGGUGCCACUUAUACUGCCUAAUACAGUGCCAUUUGCCUUGUGAAGAUGCAUAAACAUUAGUUGUGCUGAAUGUAGGACAGACAUUCUCCCUAAUCUUAAUGAUCUCAGUACACCACAGAUAAGAUUAAGAAUGAUCUGAAAACCAGCAGCUAAGGAACAUCUUAUUAUUUAGCUGUAGCAAAUUCAUAAUAAGUGUCCUUCAAGGAUGAACAUGUAUUCUAUUCUGGUUUGUAUUUAGCAAGUAAAACUUAUGUUGACCUUUAGUGCAUUAUAUUCUGCUAUAGAGUAUUCUCUAUGUACUGGAAGAAAAGAUGUUAAGAGUCUUUUUUACUCUUUUUUUUUUUUUUUUUAAUGUUUUUAUUUAUUUUUUGAGAGAGAGAUUUACAGACUGUGAGCAGGGGAGGAGCAGAGAGAGAGGAAGACACAGAAUCUGAGGCAGGCUCCAGGCUCCCAGCUGUCAGCACAGAGCCCAACACGGGGCUUGAACCCACGAACCGUGAGAUCAUGACCUGAGCCAAAGUCGGACGCUUAACCGACUGAGCCACCCAAGCGCCCCAGAUCUUAGAGUCUUAGAUUUUGUUUCUUUGUACAACAACUGGAAAGGAGCAAUGAAGCUUUUUUUUUUUUUUUUCCCAAAGCACAAUCUGCUAUAGUUUACUUUAUGUGUGAUAGAGAUAAUUUUUAAAAAAAGACUAUAUAUAAAAGUUGUGUAUAAAAUUUGUCUCUGAAACAUUUCUUUGGAGAUUUUUUAAUUGAUGCAAAUGUUUAAAAAAAUGCAUACUUAAAGGAUUGUUUGUUUUUUUUAACUGUUUUGUUUUCAUCUAUUUUCUAUCAGAUGACUUUUUAUUUCUUGCAUAGAGAUAGGCAGCACUCUUCAGACUGGUCUGUACUUUUAUUAUGCAGUCUUCUCAGAAAAUUGAAUUGAACUUAUUCACGUUAAAGAAGUAGAUACUGAAAGAUAUGCUCAUAGAGCAGCAGAUAGAA